CAGCGUUCACUUUCCCACCACACAUCCGUGUUAGGGAAUUGUUUUGAUGAUAGACGUCAGAUUUCAUGGGGAAAACGUUGUUUAUUUUCUAAGCUUUCUCGGUCAUUUAUCUGAAGGCAACGUCAACAACAUAUGUUAUUUGUCAGUAGGGGUUAUUUUGUAGAGUUAUAGCCAACUAACUCUAGCUAAUGCAUCUCACGGCAGGUAACGUUAGCUCGCUAAUGUUAACUGUCAGUCUAGCUAGCUGGGGGAGUAGUUAGCCAAGCAUCGUUAGCUUGUUUCCAGCGACGCAGGCUAACAACGCAGUCUUUAUCUUAAACGGCUAGCGAAUGGGUACGUUACUUUGUAGCUACCUAACUAGCACAGCUGUGGUCCUUCUCUACAGCGUAUUUAUAUACAGAUAGCUAGCUAACGUUAUUUACCACGGUUUCUUGCCUAGCUUUGCUAACUAGCCAGCAAAAUGGGUUAAGGUUGGCAAAAUGGGUUAGGUUGUGGUGUUGACCAAACGAAUCACGUUAUUGAACGUGAUUUCUAAACUGCCAAUCAUAACCAGACACCCCAGUUGAACCAGACAUUUCUAGCUACCAUAUGGUUUAUCCAGCUAAUAUUAUCUAGUUAGCAUUGCUGCAAUCCAAUCAGGGAUCUUCCAAUAACAUCAUGCCAUGGUGCUAAGAAGGUUACUGAGAAAACGUUGGGUGCUAGGUGUGGUGUUUGGACUGUCUUUGAUCUACUUCCUAACCAGCACCCUGAAACAGGAGGAGAGAACCAUACGGGAUCGCAACCUGUUGGAGGCCAGGGACCCAGAUCACAGGAUCCCAUGGAAAGUCAGGUUCAACCUGGGCAACAGUAGCAGGCAGAUCACUCAGUGCCGGAACUCCAUUCAGGGCAAAACGCUGCUCACAGAUGAACUGGGUUAUGUGUGUGACAGAAACGAUCUGCUGGUGAAUGGUUGCUGUAAUGUCAAUGCCCCCAGCUCAAGACAGUACAUUUGUAAAAGCUGUCUGGCCAACGGCUGCUGCAACAUCUACGAGCACUGUGUGUCCUGCUGCCUCCAGCCUGAUAAGCAACCUAUUCUAGAGAGUUUCCUGAACAGAGCUGCAGAUGGCUUCCAGAACCUAUUCACAGCCGUGGAGGACCACUUUGAGCUGUGUUUAGCCAAGUGUCGGACUUCAUCGCAGAGUGUCCAACAUGAAAAUACCUACAGAAAUCCACAAGCAAAAUACUGUUAUGGAGAAAGUCCACCUGAACUCCUGCCUAUAUGAUUGUUUGGACCUACGAUACUGUAUAGAAACUAAUAACGGUCCUCUGGGACCUACAAGACUGUAUAGAAACUAAUAACGGUCCUCUGGGACCUACGAGACUGUAUAGAAACGAAUAACGGUCAUCUGGGACCUACGAGACUGUAUAGAAACUAAUAACGGUCCUCUGGGACCUACAAGACUGUAUAGAAACUAAUAACGGUCCUCUGGGACCUACGAGACUGUAUAGAAACUAAUAACGGUCAUCUGGGACCUACGAGACUGUAUAGAAACUAAUAACGGUCCUCUGGGAUCUACAAGACUGUAUAGAAACUAAUAACGGUCCUCUGGGACCUACAAGACUGUAUAGAAACUAAUAACGGUCCUCUGGGACCUACGAGACUGUAUAGAAACUAAUAACGGUCAUCUGGGACCUACGAGACUGUAUAGAAACUAAUAACGGUCCUCUGGGACCUACGAGACUGUAUAGAAACUAAUAACGGUCCUCUGGGACCUACGAGACUGUAUAGAAACUAAUAACGGUCCUCUGGGACCUACGAGACUGUAUAGAAACUAAUAACGGUCCUCUGGGACCUACGAGACUGUAUAGAAACGAAUAACGGAUGUCUGGGACUUACGAGACUGUAUAGAAACUAAUAACGGUUGUCUGGGACUUACGAGAAUGUAAAGAAAACUAAGAGUCCAACUAAUAGCCAAGAGACACACCUUGAUACUCCGUGGGAAGACGGGAUUCCCCUUCAUCUUGUGUCGACAUAAUGGCCUUGAAACGUCUGACACCAUACGGUGCUUAACAGAUGGGAGCCACCAAGAACACCAAACCCUGUAUAGAGGGGAUUUGACUGACAAUAACAGACGCCAUGUUGAACCUUUUGAUGAAGUAAUGAGAGUAACAGUCUCUACAUAUGGCUCUGAAGAACACUAUCGUAACUUCACAACAAUGGACAAAUACUGUAUGUGAUAUAGCUAUAUUAUUUACACUUCAUAAGUGCAUAGCUUCAUAACUUCAUCAGUGAUGAUCAUCAGGGCUCAUUAGACCAGUUAGGAUUCACCUCAUGCUGCCAUUGUUCCACAUUAUGGUCAUGUUCAUUAGGGCACGCAACAGAAAAUGUUUAAAAAUGUUUGAGUCUCACAUGUUUUUGUCUGUUUGGUGCAAAAUGAACACGACCCAUGUUAUAAAGGUCUGUAUUUAAUGCCUGAUUAUAUACUGAAGGUUGUUAUUGGUUGUUUAGUCCUUAUUGUUGAAUAUAAAAACAAAACUAAAGAAUGUCUACUUUUGUGUGUAGUCGUGCAUGGAUAUUGACUGACUGGUUAUUUAAUAAAGUGACUGUGAAAGUUA